GGUUUGCAGUUGAACAUAGCGCGUGAGCUCCCCGCCCACCUGGCAUUACUCACUCACUCGGACCACCUUGACGGACGCUGUGAGAAGCUACCGAUAGACUACAGCAAGCUGCACGUUGCUUUUCUUUUAAAGGACAUUCUACUACUCUAUUCUACAAUGCGUGAAUGCAUCUCUAUUCACGUAGGCCAGGCUGGGGUCCAGAUGGGCAACACCUGCUGGGAGCUUUACUGUCUGGAACACGGCAUCCAGCCAGACGGCCAGAUGCCGGACUGCAAGCCAGUAGGAGGCCACGACGACUCCUUCACCACCUUCUUCAGUGAUACUGGGGCCGGGAAGUACGUCCCUAGAGCGAUCUUUGUUGACCUGGAACCCACUGUCAUUGAUGAGGUGCGCACAGGAACGUACCGUCAACUAUUUCACCCAGAACAGCUGAUCUCAGGAAAAGAAGAUGCAGCCAACAACUACGCCCGUGGACACUACACUAUUGGCAAAGAGAUCAUUGACUCUGUACUAGACAGAAUCCGCAAAUUGGCUGAUCAGUGCACGGGUCUCCAAGGCUUCCUGGUCUUUCACUCUUUUGGUGGAGGCACUGGCUCAGGUUUCACCUCCCUGCUAAUGGAGAGACUCUCUGUUGACUUUGGCAAAAAGUCUAAGCUUGAGUUUGCCGUCUACCCGGCUCCCCAGAUUUCCACAGCUGUAGUAGAGCCUUACAACUCCAUCCUGACCACCCACACCACCCUGGAGCACUCCGACUGUGCCUUCAUGGUGGACAACGAGGCCAUCUACGACAUCUGCCGCAGGAACCUCGAUAUUGAACGCCCGUCAUACACCAACCUGAACAGGCUCAUCAGCCAGAUUGUCUCAUCCAUCACUGCCUCACUUCGUUUUGAUGGAGCCCUGAAUGUUGACCUGACAGAGUUUCAGACCAACUUGGUGCCUUACCCUCGUAUCCACUUCCCUCUGGGCAUGGAGGAGGGAGAGUUCUCAGAGGCCAGAGAAGAUAUGGCUGCCCUGGAGAAGGAUUAUGAAGAGGUUGGGAUUGACUCCUUUGACGAAGAAGAGGAAGGAGAGGAAUAUUAGAUGGGCUCAGUUGGCAUUUGCCAUUUAUUUUUGAUGACAUUGUCUAUUUAUUAAAUAGACAAAUUGUUUCAAAUUUAGAAAUAUUCUUUAGUUUUAAUUUACCUUUUUUUUAAAGUAAAAAAUUGACCUACCUACCUGUAAAGCUGCUUUGUUGUGCCAUCAGAAUUACUUUAGACAGUUUUUGUGUAAAUGUAUUUCAUCAAUAAGACAGAAAAUGGGUCAAUAACCUGAUUUUUAUAAGUUUGAAACCUCCAUUGUUUCUCAAUAAAUCUUUCCCCAU